AUGCCGUACCUCAACCGGCGCACCGUCCGGAACUUACUCGCCCGCUCACGUCCCUCUGCGUCUCCGCGUCCUGCCGAGCCGUCUGCCUCCCAACAACUCACCACCUCCACCGCACCCGUCAAGAGGCCCGAAUCGAAUUCUCUGCCCUCGUCCGCCUCAGCGCCCGUCGUCAGCACCUGCUCCUCCCAGACGACGAGCACGCGCGCCGUCACCGCCGACCAAGACAGCUCGCCGCGCUCCCUCCCCGCCGUCGACGACACUGCUCCCCCUGCUUCUCCUUUUCGAUCCGACCCUCCCGCUGCCGCCGAGCAGACGCUGCAGGAAGCGGCCGCAGCGUUUCUGGAAGCCGGUAUCCCGCUCGCUUCAGAGACCGUCGCGCCGCCGCCGCCGCCGCCGCCCGUCUUUGCGCCGCAUGCGAGCGGUCGGGUGCCCGCGUCCGACUCCCCGCCAUACGAGUUCAACGGACUUUUUGCGGUACCGACGGCAGCGAACCCUCCGGCGACGCCCGGCGCGCCGCCCAUCUAUCAACCGCGCGCUCCAGAGGCAGAAAUGUUCCCGCAGCUGCCGUUUACGCCGUUUCACCGCAACGCCAUGGCUGCUGCGCGCGGCGGCGGCGGCGGCGGCGGAGGACAGAUUGAGCACGAGCUCCCCGGUGAUGACCGCUUCCCUCGCUCUCCCGGCUCCCGCGUCGUCGACGGCUCCUGGCUCAGCGGCCGCUUUGAACCCUUUACCGUCGGCGGCCGCACAUUCUUCUGCCCCGUACACCUCCUCCUGCGCUACCCCCACUGGCAGCUGCUCCUGCACCUCGAGCGUCCUCCGCACGGCUGGGUGCUCUCCCCGCUCAUCGACGCCUCCGUCUUCGCCCUCGUCCUCGAGACGCUCGUCUCGCCCUCUGGCUUCUCCGGCGCCGAGCCGGGCCUCAACCUCGUCAAGCUGGCCCUCGCCGCGCGCCAGGCCGCCGACUGGGGCAUGCACCGCGAAGUUUGCCUCCUCGUCGCCAGCUUCCGUCGCUACGUGGCCCGCCGCGUCUUUUACCGCAACCCGCACCGGCCGGACACGCACGGCGUCAUGGACCACCACUACUUUGUGCACCGCUCCGAGGAGAUUUUUCGCGCGUGGCGCGUGCUCAGCGCCGCGCCCGACGCGCUUAGGCGGAGGCUGCCGCCGGCGGAGCUCGUGUGCCUGUACGCGCUCGCGGUGCCGCGCGACCUGUGGCCCGCGCUGACGGCCGAGUUUCCAGACGAGUUUGCGGCGCUGAUUGACGUGUCUGCCAGGAUCAGGGUCGUGCCGGAAGAGGUCGACUACCACGAGUGGUGGCUGCGCUUCUUUCGCAUGGCGGGGUGUCUGGACUUUGACUGGAUGGCGGAUGUGCCAGACGUGCUCAACAUGUUCUUCCGGAGCCAGCAGGAAAUGAUGCAGCAGGAAGAGCAGCGGGCAGAGGACCCGGUGGAUGGUGCUGCGGCAGAGCAGCAGUGA